CGUGGAUCCCAGAAUCCGAAAGGAGCUCCUGGAACCAUUAAGCAUCCAGCAAGUCCAAAAACUUCUUAUGUUUUGUUUUGUUUUUUUAGGGGCGAAAUAAUGCAACCCAGGAAAAUAUAAUGGCUUCCCAUCCCCCAGUAAUACAUCAAAUUGUCAGAAACCGGGAGGCAACGAUAAAGCCUCCGAUUAACUUGAACAUUUCGGCCGUCGAGGAUUAUUUAGUUUACGAUCGACACGGUGGCCGUUUUCUAUUCAAAGAUUUAUAUAAGGACAAGAAAACGAUCAUCAUUUUUGUUAGGAAUUUCUUGUGCUACGCUUGCAAAGAAUAUGUUGAGGAUUUGGCCAAAAUACCCUCGAGUUUACUCACGGACGCUGGUGUGAGGUUGGUGGUGAUUGGGCAGUCCUCCCAUGCUCAUAUCCAGUCUUUCUGCUCCCUGACAGAGUAUCGCCAGGAAAUGUAUGUCGAUCCUCAGAGACACAUUUAUAAAAAGCUGGGGAUGAAGAGAGGAGAAACAGCUACUCACUCGGCCUCGCGCAGCCCCCACGUCAAGUCCAGCUUGCUUUCCGGCAGUGUGAGGAGCAUCUGGAGGGCCAUGACCAGCCCAGCCUUUGACUUCCAAGGGGACCCCCAUCAGCAGGGAGGGGCCCUCAUUGCAGGCCCAGGGUCUGAAGUUCACUUUGCUCAUUUUGACAUGAACCGCCUGGAUCACAUGCCCAUCAACUGGCUGCUGCAAUUGGCAGGAAUCCAGACUGUUGAUUUCGGCGAUCAGGCAAUCAGCAGGAUAAUUGACGUGUAACACAAAGCCACCAACAUUAUGCAACAAUGAGGAGGAAUUCUACUCAGGAGGCUGCUGUGGAAUAUUUAUGCUGCAUUAAGUUAUUCUGCCUAUGAUGGAUUAUAAUUAGGACAAUAAUUAUAUAUGCACCCUUUUCAUUUAAACAGAAUUUUGAUUUAUGUAAUAAUAUAAUAAAGUACUGUAUUCUACUGUAAAACUUAGCCCAAACUUUAAGACACUGUCCAUUUAAUAAAGGUGCUAAAUUUAAUAAA